UCCUCUCUCUUUGAGCAUCGAGCCGUUCCAAUUGGGCACACGAGCGGAGACCGGAAUCCUGAAAUAGCUCAACCAUGGAGCUCACAACCCUACUCCUCGUAGGAUCUUCGCUCCUGCAUUCCGCACUCGCCAUUGAACCGGCGCGCGUCCCACACCAACCAACCGGCAACGGCGAAAAGAUCCUGACGUGGAACGAGACAGUCGGCAGCAACCAAUUCGGCGCGCGCUCCACAUCCGUCAGCUGGCUGUCCGGCGGGGAAGACGGACAGUACAUCUACGCAGGCGACGGCGGGGCGCUGAUCCUCGAGAACUUCGUCACGGGCGCGAGCACGACGUUUGUCGCCGCGGACCUGAUCCCGGACAACGUGUACGAGUACUGGAUCCGGCCCGACCUGGCGAAGGUUCUGUUCGCGACAAAUCGCACCAAGCAGUACCGCCACUCGUAUUUCUCCGAUUACUCGGUUCUGGACGUGGCGUCGGGGAAUCUGACGCCGUUGGUCGACGACCAGGUCGGCGAUAUCCAGUACGCGGAGCUUGCGCCGAAGGGCGAUGCGAUUGCGUUCGUGCGCGGGAAUAAUUUGUUCUUGAAGAAGAAUGGCACGGUUUCGCAGAUCACGGAUGAUGGGUCGCCGGAUCUGUUUAAUGGUGUGCCCGAUUGGGUGUACGAGGAAGAGAUCUUUGGCGAUCGUUCGGCGAUUUGGUUCUCGCCUGACGGAGAGGUCCUUGCGUAUCUUAGCUUCAACGAGACUGGGGUCGAGACCUUUACCGUGCAGUAUUUCAUGAAUAAUCAGGCUAUUGCGCCUGUUUAUCCUCGCUUAUUGGAUUUGAGAUAUCCUAAGGUCGGCACAAAGAAUCCUACGGUGUCUUUGACUUUAUUGAAGAUCGGAAGCGAGGAGAAGCAGCCAGUGCCAAUUGACGCUUUCCCCGCGGAUGAUCUGGUUGUUGGUGAGAUUUCAUGGGUCACAUCUGGGCACAGCAGCGUCAUUUACCGCGCCUUCAAUCGCGUGCAAGAUACUUCGAAACACGUGCGAGUUGACGUAGGCGAUGAAAUCACCACAGAGGUCGUCCGAGAACGAGAUGGUACGGAUGGAUGGCUCGAUAACGACAUGGGUAUCAAGUUCGUCGGACCUGUGAAUGGUUCUACUGGGGAUUUUUACGUCGAUGUUUCGGACGAGUCAGGAUGGCAGCACAUUUACCUACUCGCUGUCAACGGGUCGAAUGUCACUGCCCUCACGGGGGGAGAAUGGGAGGUAACAUCCGUUCUCAAGGUCGACACCGAACGUGAAUUAAUCUACUACACCUCUACCAAAGCCGAUAGCACUGAGCGACACAUCUACUCUGUGUCAUAUUCAACUUUAGAAUCUAAAGCUCUUGUUGACGACACGAUUCCCGCAGUUUGGAGUGCAUCGUUCAGUUCAGCUGGUGGAUACUACAUUCUUAGCUAUUCUGGACCCGACGUGCCGUACCAGGAAUUGUACGCGGUUAACGACACCGCGACGCCUCUCAGAACCAUUACAUCAAACGAAGCCCUAUUGAACAAGCUCCAGGAUUACAACUUACCGAACAUCACAUAUUUCACUCUCGAGCAUCCCGACGGGUACAGUCUAAAUGUGAUGGAACGACUCCCUCCUAAUUUCGACCCCGCCAAGAAAUACCCCGUUCUCUUCACGCCUUACGGUGGACCGGGAUCGCAGGAAGUGUCCAAGUCGUUCAAGUCAAUAGGGUGGAACGCGUACAUCUCAUCUGACCCCGACCUAGAGUUCAUCCAAUACACGGUCGAUAACCGAGGCACAGGUUAUAAAGGCCGGAAAUUCCGUGCACUCGUAGCAUCUCACCUGGGCGAAUUCGAGGCCGCAGACCAAAUCUGGGCAGCGCAAGAAUUAGGAUCUCGUAACUCGUUUAUAGAUACGGAGAAAGUUGGAAUCUUCGGAUGGUCGUACGGCGGGUAUCUCUCAGCGAAGGUCGUAGAGGUAGACUCGGGGGUGUUCACCUUGGGAUUGAUCGUGGCACCCGUGAGCGACUGGCGCUUCUACGACAGCAUGUACACGGAGAGGUACAUGAAGACAUCGCAGAUGAACCCGGGUGGGUAUAAUAACUCGGCCGUGCGUAAACCUGAUGGUUUUAAAAACAUUGCCGGUGGUUUCUCAAUUCAACAUGGCUUGGGCGAUGAUAACGUUCAUUAUCAAAACACCGCAGCUCUCCUGGAUCUGCUUGUGGGGGCCAACGUAUCUCCGGCUAAGAUGCAAUGGCGUGUCUUCACCGAUAGCGACCAUGGAAUUUCGUACCAUGGCGCUUCCACGUAUUUAUACAAGUUCCUAACAGACCUACUGUACCGUGAGAAAAUAAGGACGAGCGGGGGUAUUGUCCAUCAAUGGACGAGGAGGGCGAAGUCAUGGUUAAUGGGCGAACCCUAGGUCGACAAUACCUAGCAGUUCUCUUCGCUUAGUAUGAAGUUAUGUCAAAAUAAUCAAUUCAUGGAUAUAAUAUAUUACCUAAUAUCUUCAAUCAUAUCCAUUACUUUGGUUUCAUCUCCCGGUUUUCGAUCUCAAAUUUCGAGGGUGAAAUAGUGUCGAGGCUUUCUAAUUGGCGCUGAAGUUGAAAUUUACCUACUGGGUUUGUAUUAGCU